GGUAGGCUUAGGUGAGCAUAUUCUGUAUCGCAGUGAAUAUACCAGUAGCCUACAGUCCAAUUCAAAUUCGUAAACAUGGUCAUAAUAAUAAUGUAGCCCGUCCUAGUACACUACGUGCGCACUGACACUGAAAGCAAUUGUCAUCACAUAACGGUAGUUGAUAUUGUCUGACUGAACCUUGUGGACGCACUGCCAAAGCGAAAGUUAUUGCGUUUGAGGAGUCCUACACACAGAUGAACCAGGCGAGGAGAGGAGAGGAGAGCUCAGCACGCAGGCUGUCAUGUAAGCCGUAUUCUCUGGGGCCACCUCUCGGUGCACGCUGCUUCCUGCCGCAGGUAAAAGCUUCAGUGUGAGUGCUGCUGUGCUGUGUGUGAGCGUCAGACUGUGCUGUCCUCUCCCUCCCAUAGCGAGAGCAGCUCUGCUGGGUACCAGCUCUACCGUUCACUAGAGGACACAUUACCCCACUGCUGACAUGGAGAAGGUAAGGCGUUCAACGUUCUAUUAACAUUCCUAUGACACGGCUGACAUUACCUCAACUCUCUUUUUUCCCCACAAGCAGAUUUUCUAUUCUACUUUUGUUUGUGCCUCUGUGUGUAGAGGCAAUUGCAGAAAUAGAAUGAAUGUAUAUGCGUGGACUUAUUAUUUGCUGUCUUAGCCCGAGGGUAUUCAGACCCUCUCAAGUCUUUGAUGUGCUUCAGUGUAUUUCUAACGAAGUGAAUAUGAAUAUUUUUCCAAAUAACUCUGAGGGGAUAAUGUUAACUGUUAACUGUAAUGUGAUGAGGAUGAAGAGAUACACAACACGUUCUAAAAGAAGAAAGGAUCAUCCUGUGGAAUUGGCAUGACUUCAGUAUGACCUGUUUUGUGAUAUUGUUGCCGCUGUAUUUUGAUAUGUGAUUUCAGUACCUUUGAUUUGAAUGUGCACUUCAUUCUGUGCUACUAGUUGUCUUUAAGCUGCAUUAAAAGGGAAAUGAAUCAGCUGGUUGAGCAGCUUGUGUCUGUGACUCUCAACAUGGCUUCAUUUUGAGGAACUUGAUCGAAUGCAUCUAACAUUCUCUGAGAAUAGCUCAGAAUGUGUGAGCAUCGACACAAGUAACCGCUCUGAGGAGUGUGAUUUAGCCCAAAGUACAGAGGGAGGUAACACUAAUACUUCUGACAUAUGUCACCCCAUCUUUAUAUCAGACGACAUUGUUGUUUUGUGUGUGUGCUUGUGUGCGUGCGUGCUUGGUGUGUGUCAAUAUAUGACUGGUCUUCUCUGUGUGUGGCAGCGUUGCUCAGAGUGCCCAGAGCCCAGGCUAGCCCAGAGCUUGUGUACAUUCUGCAACAAGUGGCUGUGCUACCAGUGCACAGACAUGCAUCAGCACCAGAGAGUCACCCCUCAGUGCUCAGACCUGCACCAACACCAGAAGCCCACUACCCAAUGUGUCGACCUGCACCAGAGGGACCAGAUGGCCCCCAGCUCCCUGCCUCCACCCGAACCAGGCCCUGGCUUGUGUGGCCGCCCCCUCCUCAUGUGCCACUCUCACAGACAAGAGCCCUUGGAGCUUUUCUGCGAGUCCUGUGACCUCAUGUGCUGCAGCAGCUGUCACCUGUCCGCCCACAAGAACCACAGGCUGGUGCACAUUGGAAAGGCCCUGCAGGACCAACAGUGGCAGUUUGAGAGCCUGAUGGCUCAGGUGGAGGAGAGGAGGUCUGCAGUGGAGAGCACAGCCAAACAGAUAGAGGACAGGCUGCACGGUGUAAAGGUCACGCAGAGGAAGGCUGAGAACCAGAUUAAAAUGGCAAAGAUGAUUAUGAUGAAUGAGCUGAACAAACGGGCCAACCUAUUAAUAGAGCAACUGGAGAAGAUCUCGGAGGACUUCCAGCGGCGUCUGGAGGACCAGCUGCAGGGGGCGAUAGAGAUGUGCAGCCAGCUGGACCACGUGCAGAACUUCAUCAGCUGGGCAACGGCCCACCACCUCAAGAACCCACUGCUCCUCAGCAGGGAGCUGAUUUCUCUCCAGAUGCAGCGCCUGCUUGAACCCCCACUACACUCAGACGCCUGGCUCCCUGUGAAGAUCAAGUUCAACUGGGAUGCCAGCUACUGGACUAAGCAGAUCUCAACUUUGGGUCAGCUCACUGCUGAGGGGGGAAAUCGCUCCUACUCUGAGGGCGUGGCCUUCCCCAGCAUCCUGAGGCCCCAGCCUAUCACCUGCUUGUCCCUGCCAUCUGUGUGCCAUGGAGGGCGGGAGCAGAGCUGUGCCUUCCAGGCCUGCUGUCAGCCCCAGAUGUGCUGCCUCCACUGCAUACCCCCACAGCCAGCUGUGCAGCUGGACAAGACCCAGCGGGAACCCAACCCCUACUCCGCCAGGUGUGCUCAGUCCACCCUCAGCUCUCCCUCCCUGGCCCUGCACCAGAGUCAGCUGCUGAGGUGCUGGGGCCCUGACAGUCCUCCAGGUCCACCAGCUGUGGUGCCCUCCUCCAUGCAGUGUCCCCAACAGCAAGAGCAUCUCGUGGCUGCUGACCCAGGCUUGCUCAGCUCCAGCUCCAAUAGUAGAGGUCUUGGACUUCAGCCCCCAGCCACAGCCCUCUACCAGCCUCAGAUUCAGCCACUUCCUGAAACUCAUGCACAGCCAGCCACAGAUGGGGCCAGGGAAGGCCAGGGCCAGCAGGCCAGCAGAGAGAGAGAGCAGACUCCUGGGCAGCCAGCUGUGGACAGAGAGGUGUUGACAGAGCAGAUCCAGGAGGGGAGCAGGGAGAAGACACAUGUACAGACAGGGGUGGACAGAGAGGUGCUGACAGAUGGGAUCCAGCAGGAGCAGCAGCAGCAGCAACAGCAGCAGCUCCUGUCUCCCCUAGUGGCCGAACUGACAGUGGAGCAGCAGGAGGAAGAGCAGCAGGAGACCAGGACUACACAUCCAUCCAGAGACUGCAGAGAUGGCAGGAGAUCCACUUCACUGGAGAUGUCUGUGACGACCCAUGGGUUCAGUGUUGAUGCUCAGAGCAGCAGGCCCAGCACACUGUGUGGGAGGAAGAGUCGAUCCCAGAGCAUCCCACCAGAACUGGCAGGCCCCUCCAGCAGCCCUUCCACAGACAGGCCCCCGGGGGCCACCCACAGCCUAGCAACAGCAGCCGUGGAACGGGGACGCAUGGCAGACCAGGGUUUCAUGGAUCUCAGGCGGAGGAGGCUGUCUUCUGAUGGAGUGAUACGAUCUGUGGCCUCCUUGGAGAGAUCUUUAGCCACUCCUCCCUCCAGAGGCCAGUCCAACCUACGCCUAUCGCCUUUGACCAUCUACAAGACAGAGCCUGAUUAUGUCUAUGCAUAUGAUGAGACUGGGCAUGAUGUCAAAGGAAAAUGCAGAAUACCAAGAAAGACUCCAGACAACAGUGACAGGGAGGUUCAGAAGGAACCUGGGAGAUCCAGUUCCAAGGUUCCAGUGGUGUGUUUGGAAAGGCUGAAGAUCCUGGUGUCUCGGAUCCCACCACAGGGGCGGCGACAGAGUGACCCUCUGCCAGGCACUGCAACAGAAAGGACCGGACCUGUUCCACAGAGGGGAUGGAAGGACAAGAUGACUGAGGGAAUAUCAAAAGAAGUCAAGGUCGCAGCGGUCAGCCCGUCUCUGGAUAAACAAUACUCAGAGAGACACACUAUCAAUCAAUCUCUCCCACCUCCAGUAAUUAAUGAUUGGACUGAGCAUGGAAGACACAGUCCUCACAAAGAGCUCACACUGCAAGUACCCGCCACUGAUCUUGUAUCACCCCCACCUAAACCUUUCUCUGCACCUGACCUUGACUCUGACUCAGAUCCCAGGUCAAUCUCAGAAACAGUUUCUGACCCUGAACUGGACUCGGACCCACAACCAGAAUCAGAUCCCCAGCAAGAGUCUGAUCCACCAGCUGAGUCUGCAUCAGAGGCUGAUCUGGAAUCAGUUGCUGAUGAGGAAUCUCCUGAUGAGGCUGCUACAGAAUCAGAACCUAGUGUGGAAUCAGAACCUAGUGUGGAAUCAGAACCUAGAGUGGAAUCAGAAGGUAGUGAAGAAUCAGAGAAUGGUUUAGAAUCAGAGAAUGGUGAAGACCUGGAUGCUGAUGCGGAAUCAGAGGCUGAUAUGGAAUCAGACCUCCAACCUGACCCUAGUUCAGACCCCCGUUUUCCAUCUGAAACACGUCCGGGAUUAGAUUCAGACCUGGAAUCAGACAAUGCACAACCCCCUGAAUCACAAGGGUCUGCAGAAUCUGGACCAGAUCUGGAAUCGGAGCCAGACUCAGUCCCUGACCCAGCCUUUAUCAGUCCUGACCCAGGAGUGGAGUCCCGUCCAGCCCAGAGGGCUCUGCCUGCAGACCCUGGUCCACAGAUGCAUUGUGAAGGAGCCGAGCAGAUCCUGCCUGGGGCAGAGACCAUGGAGAUGGAGAGUGAAGACUUCUGUGCCGUGUGUCUGAUCGGAGGAGACCUUCUGUGCUGUGACCGCUGUCCCAAAGUCUUCCACCUGUCUUGCCAUGUGCCUGCUCUCCUCAGCUUCCCCACGGGUGACUGGGUGUGUACCUUCUGCAGAGAUAUCCAGCAGCCAGAGGUGGAGUAUGACUGUGAGAACCAGAGGCUGGCUACAGAAUGUUCAGGAAAGCCAUUGCCUCAUGGGCUCUCUGCUUGUGACCAGAGAAAAUGUGAGAGGUUGACUCUGUUGAUCUGCAGCAACAUGCUAAGUGCUCCCUUCCAUGAGCCGGUCAGUCCACUGGCUCGCCACUACUACCAGAUAAUCAAAAGGCCCAUGGAUCUGUCUGUGAUCAGGGCCAAACUCAGCAAGAGGAGCACUCACCACUACUAUUCACCUGAGGAGUUUGUGGCUGAUGUCUCCCUCAUGUUCAGGAACUGUGCAAAGUUCAAUUAUCCGGACUCAGAGGUGGCCCAGGCAGGUCGCAGCCUGGAGAUGUUUUUCAGCUCCAGACUCAGGGAGGUGUUCCCAGACAGGGCCUUCCCUGCAGCCGAGGAUGACUCCGACAGCGAUGAGUACGACGAGGUGUACAGAGCAGCUGAGGGAGGCUUCCCCUGGCCAGAGAAGAGAGAGCAGUGCCACAGGAAGAGGAAGAGGAGGCACUCUCUCAGCUGGAGGAAGCAUAACUUCUAGUUGUAGGCAGUGAGGCAGAGUCUAUCACUGGCUAUUUUGAAGGACAGUAUGACAUGAUAUUGCACUGGACGUUUCCAUCCAAGAGAGGAAGCUGAGUUUUUAUGAAGGGAUUGUAUGUACAUAUUUACAUUUUGAGAAUUGUACUUCUUCAUUAUAAAGGUUAUCUGCUCUUAAUUUGGCCUGGUAUUUGUGUCAAAUAUUAUUGUAUAACUAUAAUCUGACAUACAUCUUUAUACUUAUUAUGCCUUUAUAAACUGCGUUUCUGGUAUUUGUUUUUUGUUUCAAAUAUAUUUGGAGAUUCUACCUAUAUAUGUAGAUUCUCCAUCAUAUAUACAGCAAAACCUAUAAGGUCAGUAUUAAUAAAUGGUAAACAUAUUUAUAAAUGUUAAACUCUACAUGAUCUUGUUUUAUAUAUUAAUAUUGAGUGUUUUUAGUGGCUAAAUGAUGGCAGGCGAUUAGUAAAUACAGACGAUUAAUGUUAAUAUUUCUGUCUUGCAUUUUAUAUUUAUAUAUAUGUUUCUCUGUCCUAUAUGCACUUAAAGUACAGUAUAGAACGUUAUGUACACCUACCUUUUUAUACUGUAAUGAUUUGAGUGACUGACAGAGGGCGCCCUUUCUUCAGCAGCAAUGACUGAGCACAAAGGAAAAGGUUAAGUUCAUAUUGAACCAAGGGGGUAUUCAAAGAAGAUUAAGAUAAAUAUAAAAACGAACAUACCUUUAGUUGAAAUUGCCACAAUAGUAUUGCCAGGCACGUAUGCUUUAGAUUUGCAUUUUUUAAAUCGUAAUGAAAUUAUACUUCAUUAGUAUAAGGCCAGUAUUAGUAAUGAUUAUUUCUCAGGCUUAAUGGGAGUGGGAGGUAUUUGAUCCAGUGUGAAUAAGUAGAAAGACCUAGCGAAGUUAAGAGUGACUUAAGAGGAAUGUUAUGUUAUUUCAACUUUCUGUAGUUUCUAUGUAGAAUGUACAUGUUAGUUUUCCAUUUAUGUAAAAUGGCUGCUGCAAUACGGUAGAGCUGGCUGUAUUUUUUUAAAGGUUGCUGCAAAAUAAUAGCUUAAAUUAACUGUCGGAUCAAGCAAAGUUUGCAAUUUGAAUAAACAAACGGACUUAAAACGAUUGUAGGUAUUUUCUCUCGGUAGUAUUUCAUUUGGACUUUUCAAUAUGGAAUAUCUCUGCUUCCAUCUCUAAUAUUGAAUCCUAAAAGCUACAAAGACCCUCUUAGAGUUAGCUGGUAUCAAGAAAUGUCCAUUUAAUAAAGAAUAGUUGAAAAGAAAAGUG